AUGACUCAGGACCCACCCAAAGAAGAGAGCCCCGAUUUGUCUGAGCUCAUCCAACAAAAUCAGGAUCCGGUGACAGAAGAACAAAAACAGUUCAAUGACUUGUCCACCGACGAUAAACUCAACCGUUUGAAUAACUUGGUCAAGAAGUCUCAAAUAUAUUCCCAAAUUAUUCUAGAUAAUAUCUUGGAAAACACUCUCAAUAAGAAGAAAAAUCAACAACCAGCAGAACCGCCUAAGAAGAAACAGAAAAAGGGCUCCAAAAAGAAAAAUAAAACCCCGAAGAACGAUGUCUUAUCAAUGCUAUCGAAUAAAGUUUCGGAUUCCACAACUAAAACCAAAUCAAUAAUUGAAUCAUCUCAAACUAGUCAUACCCAAAAACAACCAAAGUUAUUAUCGGGCGGAACUUUAAAGGAUUAUCAAUUAGACGGUUUGGAAUGGUUAACCACCUUAUAUGAAAAUGGAUUAAAUGGUAUCUUGGCUGAUGAUAUGGGUGUGGGUAAAACCAUUCAAUGCAUUUCCUUACUUUGUUUUCUAAUGGAAAAUCAAAUUAAUGGCCCAUUUUUAAUCGUGGCUCCAUUGUCAACGGUUUCUAAUUGGUGCAAUGAAUUUAAGAAAUUUGCUCCCAAAGUUAAUGUCUUCAAAUAUAUCGGUGAUAAAAAUCAGCGUAAAAAAAUUAAUAUCAAUAAAGUGUGUCAAUCAAAUAAUGUAAUAAUAACUUCUUAUGAAUUAUCAAUUAAAGAUUUUAAUAAAUUCAAUAAAAUUAAUGAUUGGAAAUUCUUAAUUGUCGAUGAAGGUCAUCGUUUGAAAAAUUAUGAAUGUUUAUUAAUGAAAAUUUUGAAAAGAUUAAAUACUUCAAAUCGUUUAUUAUUAACCGGGACUCCUUUACAAAACAACUUGGGUGAAUUAUGGUCAUUGCUUAAUUUCAUCUUACCUGAUAUCUUCCAUGAUUUAGAGUUAUUCGAACAAUGGUUCAACUUCAAUGAAUUAACCAAUUUGUCAAAUCAAAUCUCAAGUGAUAAUAACGAUAAAAAUCUAUUGGAUUUAAAAAUUCAAGAAAAUCUAAUAACAUCUUUACACACGAUUUUAAAACCUUUCAUACUAAGAAGAUUAAAGAAAGAUGUCAUCAAAGAUUUACCUCCAAAGAAAGAAUACUUAAUUCACAUCCCUUUAAGUAAUUUACAAAAAAAAAUUUAUAAAAACGCCCUUAAUAAUAAUUUAGUUCAAACUUUGGUUGAAGUUUAUUUAAAAGAAUUCAUCAUUUAUAAUCAUCAUGAUUUAUUUCCUGAUACUAAAGUUAUCGAAGAAUUUCUACAUAUUAAAUUUAAAUCGACUGACGAUAAAAAUUCAAUUAAACGUGAAAGAAAUUUGAAAUAUAAUUCGUUAAAAGAUGCCGAUGAAAAUGAUGAAUUCGAAGUUGAAGUCAUUGAAAUUGAUGAUACACCUGAUGCUCCUUUAACGCUGAAAGAACAACAAUUAUCUUUAUUAAAUUCAUUAUACGAUAAGAUUUUUAAAGAAGUUAAACUUCUACCGUUAAGGAACGUUGUUAUGCAAUUAAGAAAUAUUUGUUCGUCUCCUUAUAUUUAUUAUGAACCAUUUAUCCCAAAUGAAAUAACCAAGGAAAAAGAAGGUAUCUUUAUGAAAAUUUUAUUUGAAAAUUCAUCCAAAUUAAAAAUCUUAAAUCAAUUAUUGAAAAAUUUACUUCCUUUUAAUCAUAAGGUCUUGAUUUUUUCUCAAUUUACCAAAAUGUUAGAUUUAUUACAUGAUUGGUUAGAUUAUCAAAAAAUUGAAGUGUGUAGGUUAGAUGGUUCUACGAUGCAAGAAGACCGUGAUGAUGCUAUAAAAUCUUUUAAUGAUUUGAAAGAUAAUAAACAAGUUUUCUUAUUAUCAACAAGAGCUGGUGGAUUAGGAAUUAAUUUAAUAGCUGCAGAUACCGUUAUAUUACUAGACAACGAUUGGAAUCCACAAGUCGAUUUACAAGCAAUUGAUCGAGUUCAUAGAAUAGGUCAAUUAAACCCAGUUAAAAUAUACCGAUUUUUGGUUAGAAAUUCAAUUGAAGAAAUUUUAAUUUCAAAAAGUUAUAGUAAAAGAUUUUUAGAAAAAUUAAUUAUACAAAUGGGAGAAUUCAAAUUUAAUAAUUUUAUAGAGAGAAGUGAGAACAAUGAUCCAAACAAUACCAAUACAAUAAGUGAAUUAAUUUCGUUAAGUAAAAAAUUCAUAAGUGAAUCUGAUGAUAACAAUGAAUCCAGUAUUCAAGACUUCAAUUAUAUCUUUGAUGAUGACAUAAAUACUGAAAAAUCAAUACCGGAUAAUUACUUAACCGAUGAAGAGAUUUUAGAGUUAACAAGUCGGGAUGAAUCAAUUUAUCAAAAUAAUCAAAAUCAAAAUUUCCCAAAUAUAACGGUAUUUGAAACUGUAAAUAAUAUGGAAAAGUAA